UCUCUUUCUAUAAAAGAACAUCCUAAACCUUCGCUUCACCUUUCAACCCCAAAUAAACUCUUCUUCUCUAUUUUUAUCCUACCCAACCUUCGCCACCACAAACUCCCCUUCCCUCCCUCCCAUAUUAUCCGUGCCUCCCCCGCCGGACCUUCCCCCAUGAAAGAUCACCGGCGACCGCCGCCACCACCCUCCGCCGCUGCCGCCGGUGAGCCUCCGCUCAAUCCACUCGACCGCCAGCAGUGCCCCGGAUCCUCGGUCUUCAAGGCGUCGGAUGCACUCCCCCUCCCUCUCUACCUCACCAACGGGGUCUUCUUCGCCAUCUUCUUCUCUGUGGCCUACUUCCUCCUCCACCGGUGGCGAGAGAAGAUCCGCACUUCCACCCCUCUCCACGUCAUCACCCUCUCCGAGAUCGCUGCGCUUGUGUCCCUUGUCGCCUCCGUCGUCUACCUCCUCGGCUUUUUCGGGGUCGGCUUUGUCCUGUCCUUCGUCUCCCCUGGUCGACCCUCGCAUGAGGACACCUGCUGGGACAUGGACGAAGAAGACAAGCAGCCCUCUAUCAUGUGCCCUCAGGUGGUAAAUGCCGAGAAGGUGUUCGACGAUCAACUGACGAUAAUAAGCCCGGAUAAAGGAGAAGAGGCGAAGAAGAUGCUUUCCCAGGAAGACGAGGAGAUCGUGAGGUCAGUAGUGGAGGGUUCAACUCCAUCAUACAGCUUGGAGUCGAAGAUCGGGGACUGCAGGAGGGCGGCUGGGAUAAGGCGGGCAGCGGUGGAGAGGCUGACGGGGCAGUCACUGAAAGGCCUGCCCCUGGAUGGGUUCGACUACGAGUCAGUGCUAGGGCAAUGCUGCGAGAUGCCAGUGGGGUACGUGGUGGUCCCGGUGGGGGUGGCGGGCCCGCUGUUGCUUGACGGGAGGGAGUACACUGUCCCGAUGGCCACCACGGAGGGCUGCCUCGUGGCCAGCACCAACCGGGGCUGCAAGGCCAUCUAUGUAUCGGGUGGGGCCACGAGCACGGUGCUGAGGGAUGGCAUGACGCGGGCUCCGGUGGUCCGGUUCGGGUCCGCCAGGAGGGCCGCUGAGCUGAAGCUCUUCCUAGAGGAGCCCGACAACUUCGACUCUCUCGCCGUUGUCUUCAACCGGUCCAGCAGGUUCGCAAGAUUACAAGGGAUAAAAUGCGCAGUGGCGGGAAAGAAUCUGUACAUGAGGUUUACGUGCGGCACCGGAGAUGCCAUGGGCAUGAACAUGGUCUCAAAAGGCGUCCAAAACGUCCUCGACUUCCUCCGGUCCGACUUCCCUGACAUGGACAUCAUCGGCAUCUCGGGGAACUACUGCUCGGACAAGAAGCCGGCGGCGGUGAACUGGAUAGAGGGGCGGGGGAAAUCAGUGGUGUGCGAGGCAGUGAUCGGGGAGGACGUGGUGAAGAAGGUGCUCAAGACCACCGUGCCCGCCCUCAUCGAGCUCAACACGCUCAAGAACCUAACUGGGUCCGCCAUUGCGGGGUCUCUGGGCGGGUUCAAUGCCCAUGCCAGCAACAUCGUCUCGGCGAUCUACAUUGCCACCGGGCAGGACCCUGCCCAGAACGUGGAGAGCUCUCACUGCAUCACCAUGAUGGAGGCCGUUAACAAUGGUCGGGAUCUCCAUAUCUCCGUCACCAUGCCAUCCAUCGAGGUGGGCACAGUCGGGGGCGGGACCCAGCUCGCGUCGCAAUCAGCUUGCUUAAACCUGCUCGGAGUUAAGGGGGCGAGCAAGGACUCGCCGGGAUCAAACUCGAGGCUACUGGCAACCAUAGUGUCGGGGUCCGUCCUCGCGGGCGAGCUCUCCCUCAUGUCUGCCCUUGCAGCCGGGCAGCUGGUCAAGAGCCACAUGAAGUACAACAGAUCUAGCAGAGACAUCAGCAAGAUCAAUGGCUCCUAAAUGGAUUCGUAAUAAUCAGAUUUAGACCCUUUAAUUAAUUAGUGAUUACCGAACAAUGUCUCUCGAUCAAUGAUAUAAUCAUCGGGAAAUAUCAAAGAAAGGGAAAUAUUUCAAUGGGGAAAAUAACAAAUUCCAAAGAGUUCGAAUGUCUAGAUCUUCUUAAGGAGUUCAAUUGUCUAGAUCUUUCUCUUUUUUUCUUUUUUCUUCUUUUUUUUUCAAAUUUCUUGUCUCUCGUUGUUUUUUUUUUACGUAAGACAUGCGAGUGGGAGGAGGGUAGAUCAUCUAGUUGCCUUUUCAAAGAAGAAAAAAAGAUGAAUAUGAAGAAAAAAUCAAACAAGUGUAAGCUUGAAUGGGAGAGUUGUUGCUUCCGUUUGUAAUUUCACUAUGAAUCCCAUCCGUCUUACUGUUGCAA